CCCACCACUCCCCCGGCCUAUAAAAGCGCACGCCACCCCCUCUCCUCCUCCAACCGCCUCGCAGACUGCCGUCGCAAACAAACCGAUCGAAGCAACCCACACUCUCUCGAGAGACCGACCACCAGCAAAUUAAAGCCCGGCGGUAGAGAGGCCAACGAAGAAGAUGCUGCGGAUGGAGGUGGCGGAGUCCGGCAGCGGCGGCGUGGCCGAGGCGGCGGCGUCCUCCCCCGCGCCGUCGGACGCCGCCAUGGCGGUGUACGAGCGGGUGGCGCGGAUGGCGAGCGGGAACGCGGUGGUGGUGUUCAGCGCCAGCGGCUGCUGCAUGUGCCACGUCGUCAAGCGCCUGCUCCUGGGGCUGGGCGUCGGCCCCACGGUGUACGAGCUGGACCAGCUCGGGGGCGGCGGGAGGGAGAUCCAGGCGGCGCUGGCGCAGCUGCUCCCGCCCGGUCAGCCGCCGGUGCCGGUGGUGUUCGUCGGCGGGCGCCUCCUGGGCGGCGUCGACAAGGUCAUGGCCUGCCACAUCAACGGCACCCUCGUCCCGCUCCUCAAGCAGGCCGGCGCGCUCUGGCUCUGAAGAGCCGAGGCGGCGCGCGCGGGGGCUGCUGGCCGGCGUGCCGAGCGUCGCCGGCGGCGGCGUGCCUCUGAUCGAUCAAAGUGACGACGGUUUCUUGUUGUUCGAUCGUGAUCGGUGUUACCUGUUGCUACUUGUUAGUGGGGAGGGGGUUACGUUGUAGAUACCAUUAACCGGCCGGCGCGGCGUGCGUCUUCAGUUGCCGUACGUGCCACUACUACUACCUCAUUUACCUGGAGUUUUCUAGUACUAGUACUUCCUAAUCUCUGGUGAUCAAUCAAUUCAAUGCUGGGUGUUGUGUUGUUCUAA